AUGGAAGCGCAUAAAACUAUCGUCGCCGGCGUUGCUGACAGAGUCAAGCACUUCCACGCCCGCCAGGAGCCUUUCCGAUUAUACCAUGGGUCGACUAACAGCACACGACACUCAAAUCGCCGUGUUGACAAUACUGUCGAUACGAGCAAGCUCAGCAAUGUUCUCGAGGUGAACAAAGACGCAAAAACCGUUCUUGUCGAGCCAAAUGUUUCAAUGGAGGUCCUCGUCGAUGCGACGCUGCAGCAUGGGCUUGUUCCACUCGUCGUGAUGGAGUUUCCGGCUAUUACCGUUGGAGGUGGGUUUUCGGGCACAUCGGGAGAAAGCAGCUCUUUUCGAUACGGCGCAUUCGAUGCGACUGUCAACUGGAUCGAGAUUAUUCUUGCGGAUGGAACUGUUACAAGGGCUUCAAAGACGGAUCAGCAGGAUUUGUUCUGGGGAGCUGCCUCGGCAUUCGGAACCCUCGGCGUCGUCACAUUACUCGAGGUUCAGCUCAAAGAAGCAAAGGAGUUUGUUGAGCUCAAGUACAGACUUGCAAGAGGCCCUUCUGAAUCGGUCAAGAUCAUCAAAGAGGAGUGCAAGAGAUGGGAAAACGACUUUGUGGAUGGCAUCGUCUACUCAAAAGACACCAGUGUGAUAUGCGCUGGACGGCUUGUGGAUGAGGUCCCAAUAAGCGCAACAAUAAGACAUUUGAAUCGACGCAAGGAUAAGUGGUUUUACCUCCAUGUGGAAAAGGUACGAGAUGGUCUACGGAUGGGUUCAGUAACAUGCGUGGCCGACUACAUCCCGCUAAAAGACUAUCUCUUCCGUUACGACAGAGGCGGGUUCUGGGUUGCAAAGUACGCAUUUGACUACUUUGUCACACCGUUCAACCGCAUCACACGAUAUAUUCUGGACCCCCUCCUCCGAGCGCGCGUCAUGUACUCUGCAGGCCAUAAAAGCAAUAUGUUUGACUACUACAUGGUGCAAGACGUUGGCGUGCCAUACAAGAGCGUACCUGAGUUUCAGAACUGGCUAGACAAGCAAUUCCACAUCUAUCCUCUCUGGCUAUGUCCGCUACGCGUCCGUCGCGAGGAUCCAAACUCAGGCCACGGUCUGCACGCGGAGUUUGCAAAGUCUGGGACGUCGGAUCUACUCAACUUUGGCAUCUGGGGGCCUCUGUCGGGAAAUCGUCGCGAUGCUAUUCGAAAGAAUCGCGAGUUGGAGCAGAAGGUGCAAGAAUGUGGAGGAAAGAAGUGGCUUUACGCACAAGCGUACUACACAGAGGAUGAGUUUUGGUCACAUUACAACAGGGAGUCGUAUGAUGCGCUGAGAGCAAAGUACGGAGCGUCGUAUCUACCGAAUGUAUACGACAAAGUCAAGGUUGAUAUUGAGGGUGACGAGAAGCUCAUGAAGUCAACUGCAACGACAGGGUGGCCUAUAAAAGGAUUAAAGGGAGUGUAUAAGGCGGUGUUUGGAGGUGAUUAUUUGUUGCAAAAGAAGGUGGAUGAGACCAAAGAGCACAAGUGA